GCGCACACUGCCUUCCCUUCCCCUCCUCUUUCUGUCGGUUAUUGUGAAGAGAUUGAACGAUGAGAUCGCUCGCGCUCGCUGUCAUCAGUGCCGCCCUAUAGAGACCCCUCAGCCCCGAGGCUCGAAUACAACGACCUCACCCCCCGCUCCAAGAGGGACGGAGCGCAAUCCAUAGAGGCACAGAGAAAAAACCUGUUCGGACCCGGCUUCAUUUGCCCUCAACCGGGCCUCAUGCUGUAGCAGACUGAACGAGCGAGAGAGAGAGACAAACAUACAGAUUGAGUCGGCGAGGGACAGGGCGGAAUAGAGGAGAAGAAGGGAUUGUUCAUUCGGCUCUAGACAUGGGAUGUACACUCAGCGCUGAGGAGCGCGCUGCUCUGGACAGGAGCAAAGCCAUCGAGAAAAAUCUGAAGGAUGAUGGAGUCACUGCCGCAAAGGAGGUGAAACUGCUACUGCUUGGGGGAGGAGAAUCGGGCAAAAGCACCAUCGUCAAACAGAUGAAGAUUAUCCAUGAGGAUGGCUUUUCUGGGGAUGAUGUGAAGCAGUAUAAGCCUGUGGUCUACAGCAACACCAUCCAGAGUUUGGCUGCCGUCCUCCGAGCUAUGGACUCUCUGGGCAUCGAGUACGCAGACAAGGACAGAAAGGCGGAUGCUAAGCUGGUGUGUGAUGUGGUCACUCGUAUGGAGGACACAGAGCCCUACUCAGCAGAGCUGCUGACAGCUAUGAAGCGUCUGUGGGCCGAUGCCGGGACCCAGGAGUGUUUCAACAGGGCCAGGGAGUACCAGCUCAAUGACUCUGCUGCCUACUACCUGGACAGUUUAGACCGUAUUGGUGCUGCUGACUACCAGCCCACCGAGCAGGAUAUCCUGAGAACUCGAGUCAAGACCACUGGCAUCGUGGAGACCCAUUUCACCUUCAAAAACCUGCACUUUAGGCUUUUUGAUGUUGGAGGCCAGAGGUCAGAGAGAAAGAAGUGGAUUCACUGCUUUGAGGAUGUGACGGCCAUUAUCUUCUGUGUGGCGCUAAGUGGCUAUGAUCAGGUUCUGCAUGAGGAUGAAACCACUAAUCGCAUGCACGAGUCCCUCAUGCUCUUCGACUCUAUCUGUAACAACAAGUUCUUCAUCGACACCUCCAUCAUCCUCUUCCUCAACAAGAAGGAUCUGUUCGAGGAGAAGAUUAAGAAGUCACCACUGAGUAUCUGUUUCCCUGAAUAUACAGGUGCUAACACUUAUGAUGAUGCUACCGCAUACAUUCAGGUGCAAUUUGAGAGUAAGAGCCGUUCGCCCAACAAGGAGAUCUACUGUCACCUGACCUGUGCCACUGACACAGGAAACAUCCAGGUAGUGUUUGACGCAGUCACUGACAUCAUCAUCGCCAACAACCUGAGGGGGUGUGGCUUAUACUGAGGCCUAGCCCUGCACAGAGGUUGCAUUAGAGGGCGUGAGGUGGUUAAUAAUAAUAAUAAUUUUGAUGAUAUUAAAAGGCAUAAUUAUGUAAAUCUACACGUCCAAAGGGACCCAAAGAGCUGCCGCCAGACACCACGACGGAUUCUUUGCCAUGUUCUGUUCCUCUAUUCCUUUUUUUAAUUUCAGAAUUCAACCACCCCUCUUUUGUUUAUUUGUUAUCAACAUGUGUUUCCUACUGAAUGUCUUUCAUGUUUUGUUGUUGAUUGUAUGAACAACUGUAAGAUGUGAAUCAGAAAAGGGACAGUCCAAGGGGUAUAUUCUGUUUUCGUGCCAUGUUUCGCAACAAAUUAGAUAGAAAUGUUAUGCAUAGAGCGGAGAAGGUCCUCUUUUCCUUGUGAUAGAGAUUUGUGUCAGUUCUAUACAUAACAUCUCUAUCUGCAACAUCCAGAACAUUGAGCCAAAAUGAAUGUACCCCUUGGUGCUCCGUUUGCAGAGGUGAUGUUGUGCUCUACGUGAUGAUGUAAUAGGGGAGGUACUGGUGGCUGGGGCUCGUAGUGGGGGUUCUGUCCAGCGUUGGAUAGAACCCCCCUCUCUGUUGGACUCACACAGGGCUGCUCUACAUGAGCUCCUUCUGCUCUGUUUUAUUCCUCUCUCUUUCAAACAUCCAGAAGGGGGGGCCGUUCUGUUUGUGUGGCAGGCUCUGCCAUUGGUCUCCUGCAGUGUGAUGAAAUGCCUCUCAGCCAAUGAUAUAUCUGUCGGGAAAGUGUGAUAUCAGUGCCAACCUUCUGAGCAUGACAGAUAGGGGAAUAGAAUUAGAGAUCAUUGAUCACUUUCACACUAUCUUUACAAUAUAAUGUAAUUGAAGGGACGCGUACGCUUUAUUAUCAUCAUCAAAUUAUUUAUGCAUUUUAUUUCAACCUCAUGCCCUCCAUGCUUCCUCCUACCUCCUAGAAUCCCGUGCCACAUAUUUAUUUCCUGUCCUGUCAGACCGGUGGAACACCACUUCCUGUCUCAGUCUCAGAGGGUCUAGAGCUGCUCGGAUGGACCGUCUCAAAUGUCACCUCCCAUGUAGUGUACUACUUCUUCAAAAAUAGUACAUCAUAUGGGGAAUAGAUUAGCAUUUUAGACUUGUCCACUGGUCAGUGAUGUAUCAUAUGGUUGUCUCCUGGUCUCCUUUCACUUAUCACUGAGAUGAAAGGACUGGACAGGUUUCCACCGUGUUGUUUUCACUCACUAGUCCUUACAGAUUUGUAGUUUUAGGAGAGGACAGCCACAGACCACUGACCAGUUUCUCUGCUUGUUCAAAAGGGUCUUCCUGGGUGCUCUUUAUGUAAUAAAACAAUAUGUGAAUGCUCAGUUAUUUGGAAGUUGAGGUCAUUUGUAGAUUAGAUAAGCCACACAGUGCUUAGCUCAGGAUGACCCUUGUGAGCAAGCAUGCUGAAUUCCAAAUCGAUUCAUACUACCCCCUCUAGGAAUUCCUGUAGAUUUGAAAGGAUUUGAUUGGUUUAACCUUUUCAUGUCCAUAACGGAAAUGUAUAAUAUCCUUUAAUACACAUGUUCUCUGAGUUUAUUGAUGGACAAAUCUGAAGAUUUUAUUUACAUCUGCCACAGAGUUUGUCUUGUGUUUUUGAUAUUGUACUAUAUUUAGUCUUUGGACACAUUUCAUGAAUCAAGUCCUAUAAAUACAUGUUCAAAUUAUCAGAUCUUUUACAUGUAGAUUGUCCGGACCAAUAUACAUAUAUAUAUGAAAACAAUACCUAAGGAAAUACAUACACACACACACACACACACACACACACACACACACACACACACACACACACACACACACACACACACACACACACACACACACACACACACACACCUAGAGUGCAUGCAUCAAAUGCAAGUCAAUAGAGACUGGAGAGUGAGUGAUUUUACAGUAUUGUCCCUCUUUCUCAGAUCUUAAACAUGUUCACAUCUUAAUCAUUUUUGCUAUAUAGAUUGUCUAGACCAAUAUAUAAAUAUAAAAACAAUAUCUAAAGAAAUCCACACACACUCCUAUAGUAUAUUAUAUAGCAUAAGCAAAUCCAAUGUAAGUCAAUGGCGAGUGAGUCCUGCUACAGCAUUCUCCCUCUUUCUCUCCCUCUCACAAGCACACGCCUGUGUAUACACACCACAGACAUCAAUGCACACCUGUGUUUGUGUGUGUGUGGGUAUGUCUGUGGUAUGUGUGUGUGUGAUAAAAUUACUCCAUUGAAUUUGCUUAUACUGCUUGUACUCUAGGGUUGUGUGUGUGAGAGAGUGAGUGGAUUUCUUUCGAUAUUGUUUUCAUAUUUAUAUUGGUCCGGACAAUCUAUAUACCAAAAAUGAUUAAGAUCUGAUCAUUUGAACACGUAUUCAUAUGACAUGAUUCGUGUAAUAUGUAAAAUACAGUAACCCCAUGUGUCCAAAAACUAAAUAUAGUACGAAACGGCUGUAGUUCACAAACGAGUUGAAUCAUCUAUUUGGCAUAUUUGGGCUUAAACGGGUCAAAGAACAAUACUUUAUGCUUUUAAACUAUACAAUUCUGAAAUGUAUUUCAAAAUACAUGUGCUGAAGUCAUUUUAAUGAUUAUUAUUGUCACAAAACCCCAAUUUUGGAGGUAUGAUAGAAAAUGACAAUCUUAAAACGUCAAUGUGGCCUGUCUAGACACUUGUACUAACUAUGUUAUCACUAAAUGUAAUGCAUUUACACCAAAUAGAAUUUGUUCAGUGGCACAUUUUGAUAUUGUACUAAAUAUAGUACAUGGAGGUGAAUGGGUUAGACAAUAUGGUAAUUGUGUCACCUUCUCUUCUGAUUGAGUGGGUGGUAUUUUUGACAAAUUGCUUUAUAUAUAUAUAUAUAAUAUAUAUAUACACACACAAUUGUUUUAGAUCUACAGGCGUGCCCAAGCAGCAGGGGCUGGGGUAGAGUUGGAAUUCAGCAGCAGUCUCUCAGUGGGGAGUUUGGGUUAACCCUAACCCCUACCCAUCUGACCUCUUAACCCUGAGCAGGCCACAGUCAAACCCCGGCUGUCACGUUCUCUCUUUUCACAGAGGAAAAGUACCUGUGCACCUGAAGAUACAUCCUAUCCCUCUAUACUCCCUCUAUCACAUGUCGUUCCUCAUUUCUCUCAAUCCCCCUUUCCAUUUUCACCUUAUACACCGUACUGUAUAUAUAUGAUUAUACCAGAUUUCUUUUUUUUUUACUGUGAAUGCUUUUGUUCUGCACCCCUUCCUUCUCCGUAGUUUAUUGGUUGCUCUCUCAUGUGGAAUGUUUGUGCUGAGCCAAUCGAAUGUUGUGUUUACAUUAAAGCCACUUUUCCUAACUA